GCAGACGUCAAACGUCAACGCCGAGUGGGCGGGGCGUAGAGCAGUUUUGAACAUGGCGGAUAAAGAUAAGAAAAAGAAGGAGAGUAUUUUUGAUUUGUCGAAAUACAUCGACAAACAUAUAAGAGUAAAGUUCCAAGGAGGUCGUGAAGCAAGUGGUGUCUUAAAAGGAUUCGACCCGCUGUUGAAUCUUGUGUUGGAUGGCACUAUUGAAUACAUGCGAGAUCCGGAUGAUCAGUACAAGCUGACCGAAGACACCAGGCAGCUCGGUCUGGUGGUUUGUCGAGGGACGUCCGUCGUGCUUAUCUGUCCACAGGACGGGAUGGAGGCCAUUCCAAACCCUUUCGUUCAACAGCAGGAUGGAUAAUAUUCAGCCUUUUUUUUUUUCCACUUGCAUUUUGUAGAUGUCUGGUUAAAAAAAUGAAUACUUUUUGUUAGGUCUGAAAUAAUGAAAAAUGUAACAUUUUGUAUUUAGACUCAGGAUAAAUUCGUUUUGUUUGUUUAUGAAUGUGUUAAUGGUUUUGAAUUAUAAGGCAUGUUUUCUGUUCAUGAAAAUAGGUGCGUAAUACUGCCCUGGUUCUUUCAGUGUUGUUUUGCUACUGACGUUCAUUUGGACCAUAAUAAACAAAGACUGUGCCUGUACCUCAAAGGGUGGACCCCACAGCUUUACCUAUCCAGAAAGCUUUUGUACACACACAUAAACAGUUGGACAUUGUCAGGAAGCUUUCACAGAACAUCAUUUGUAUAAUAUUUUGAAAGCCUUUGGUUUCAAGGCGCCUUGAGAAAACAUUCUUGUUUGCUUUUGUGGCGUCCUCUACUCUGUUUUACAUUUACAAAACUAAUUCCUCAGAUUAAAGACUCAGUCAUGGACCCUU